ACACCGUGGCUUAUGCUUGCAGCCGACCGGAAGUUCCCGGUCUGAAUGGGUCUUGUAGCCGGUUGCGACGGCUCCUCCCUGUGGACUUAACACCGGGCGACUCUGGGUCUCUGAUCUUGCCAGGUUCAUGUGGAGGCUCCCAGGCCGCGCCGCGCUUCGUGGAGUCCGGUCGGUGGUGGAGCGGCGCAACCGGGCCGAAGCCGCGACUCACGAGGCGACGCGCGCCAUGGAGCGCGCGGUGGUGCGCUGUGUGCCCUCGGAGCCCAAGCUCAGCCUGUCCUUUGCGUUGGCCGACGGCAGCCACAAAAACAUGCAGCGGGACCAGAGCGAGCCUCUGGGCCGGGCCCUCAGCCGGAUCGCUACCAACGCCCUUAAGGGACACGCUAAGGUAGCGGCUGCCAAGAAGAGCAAGAAGAACCGAGCCCAUUCGAGCGGUGGCGCGGCCUGUGCGACGACAGGGCCUGAACCGGCUGCGACCUGCGAGCCGGUGGUGAAGCUGUACUACCGGGAGGAGGCGGUGGCUGAGGAUGUGCUCAAUGUGGACGCCUGGCAGGACGGAGCAGUGCUGCAGAUCGGCGAUGUCAAGUACAAGGUGGAGCGCAACCCGCCUGCCUUCACGGAACUACAGUUGCCGCGCUACAUUAUGGCUGGCUUCCCAGUGUGCCCCAAACUCGGUCUGGAAUUUGGGGAUCCCGCCAGCUCCGUGUUCCGCUGGUACAAGGAAGUCAAACCCGGGGCGGCAGAACCUGGGGACAGUGCUCUCGCGUCAUCGUCUCACUCUUCGCAGUCUUCAGCUUGGAUCGAGACGGGCGUGAACGAGCGCGUAUACACCCCGUGCAAUGCUGACAUCGGGCUAAGGCUCAAGCUUCACUGCACGCCGGGCAAUGGGCAGCGCUUCGGGCCAAGCCGCGAGCUAGAAAGCGUGUGUCCGGUGGAAGCCGGGCCUGGCACCUGCACGUUUGACCAUCGACAUCUGUACACCAAGAAGGUGACAGAGGACUCUUUCAUCCGCACUGUCUCCUACAACAUCCUAGCAGACACGUAUGCCCAGACUGAGUUUUCUCGGACAGUCCUGUACCCGUACUGUGCCCCCUAUGCCCUGGAGCUUGACUACCGCCAGAACCUUAUACAGAAGGAGCUCACAGGCUACAACGCUGACCUCAUCUGUUUGCAGGAGGUGGACCGCGCAGUGUUCUCCGACAGCUUGGUACCGGCCCUGGAGGCCUUCGGACUGGAGGGCGUGUUCCGAAUCAAGCAGCACGAAGGCCUGGCCACUUUCUACCGGAAGUCGAAGUUCAAGCUCCUUAGCCAACACGACGUUUCUUUUCAAGAAGCCCUGAAGUCGGACCCACUGCACAAAGAAUUACUAGAGAAACUGGCUUUGAACCCAUUAGCACAGGAAAAAGUACUCCAGAGAUCGUCUGUCCUUCAGAUUUCAGUUCUUCAGUCUACAAUGGACUCUUCUAAAAAGAUAUGUGUUGCUAAUACCCAUCUCUACUGGCACCCAAAAGGUGGCUACAUUCGUCUCAUUCAAAUGGCAGUAGCCUUGGUUCACAUUAGACACGUCUCAUGUGAUCUAUAUCCUGGAAUACCAGUUAUAUUUUGUGGAGACUUUAACAGUACACCAUCAACAGGAAUGUAUCAUUUUGUCAUCAAUGGCAGCAUUCCAGAGGAUCAUGAAGAUUGGACUUCCAAUGGAGAAGAGGAGAGAUGCAACAUGUCUCUCUCACACGGUUUCAAACUGAAAAGUGCGUGUGGUGAACCUGCUUACACAAAUUAUGUUGGCGGCUUUCAUGGAUGUCUUGAUUACAUUUUUAUUGACAUAAAUGCUUUAGAGGUUGAACAGGUGAUCCCGUUACCUGGUCAUGAAGACGUCACCACCCACCAGGCCUUGCCUAGUGUUUCUCAUCCUUCUGACCACAUAGCACUUGUAUGUGACUUAAAAUGGAAAUAGAUUUUGCUUCUCUAACUCUGAAAGGAGGCUAGGUACUUUUCAGAAAAUGGAAUAAGAAACAAAGCUUAUAUUUGAACCUUCAAUGAGUUGAUGUAGACACUAAACUUUAUGGUCAUUCCCUACUAGUUAAGCUCCAGAUGGCUUUGUUACAGAACCAGUUCAUAAUGUUUGCACCAUACAAUAUCUUUAUCCUCUUUUUUUUAAUUCCCUACAUUUGGAGGAAAACAUAUUUAUGACUAGCAAGAAGAAAAUUGAAUUAUUGUGUAUAUUUUAUAAGUUUUUUAAGCUGGUAAUUAAGAUUUUUAAGUACUAUUUGAAUAAUCUCAAUGUUUCUUUCAAAGCACAUUUUACAUUGAAUUAUGUUAAUAUAAUUGGGGGAGGGGACAUGCAGGUAAAAUGUGAGAGACUUCAGACACAUGGAAUACAUUAGUCUGUCACUACCUCAAUUUGGUUAGAAUUUAUUAUAAUUUUGGAGCUUUAACAAAAGAUUAAAAUAUACCAUUACCAAUUCUUAGAGCUUUUUCGUUUUUCAGUUAGCCAGAUGUUUCCCUCUAGCAUUGUUUGUCAGUGUACAAAUGACAGUACAGUUCAUCUCAUUUGUCUUCUCACCUGCAAUUCAGCUCAUUGUAACAGUAGGAUGCAAGCACAAUAGAGUGUUCAAAGGGACAGGGAACAUGACUUGAUCCCUUGCCUUCACUCUUACUCAAAUAAAAUAUUUGUAAGCAUACAGGGUACUUGACCAUAAUGAUAUGAAAGAAUACAGCACAAUUAUCUUAUGAGAAACUUCUGAUAGAAGCUUCAGAAUGUAGAUGAACCAUUGAACAUUUCUAAGCUAGAAGUGUUUUCAAAACUGUCAGUUUUAUAAAUAGGAAAAAAGGGAAGCAGGCAUGGUGCUUUAUAGCUGUAAUCCUAGCACUCAGGCAGAACUGCUUUGAGGUCAGUCCUGGUCUGGGUUACACAGUUCAAGGCCAGCUUGAGCUACAUACAUAGGAAAAAAGGGGGAAUGGUAGACUUUUGUCAAUAUCUGAAAUAAAUUUUUUAUAGAUGUAAGCUGUCAAUAUCUGAAGUAAAUUUUUUAUAGAUAUAAGCAUUGUAGCUCGAGGAACAGAACAGUGCCACAUAAUUUAUAUGUAAAGAAAAUUUUAAAAUGAAGCCAACAUUUUUUUUUUAAAGGUUUAUUUAUUUAUUGUGAAGAAGGCAUCAAAUCCAAUUACAGAUGGUUGUGAGCCACCAUGUGGUUGCUGGGAAUUGAACUCAUGACCUCUAGAAGAGCAGCCAGUGCUCUUAACCUCUGAGCCAUCUCUCCAGCCCUGAAGCCAACAUUUUAAGAUGAGAAAUUCCAAGUUGUUUUUUGAUUAGUGUCUAGUUUAUCUACUUUUACUACAUUAGUUCUCACCAUACCUUCUUGGUAAUGCUUUAGCUGUUGCUUUGUCAUGUUCAGUUUAACUGUAGCAUAAGCAUAGCUUUCUGCAGUUAAUUUCUGGCUUAGAUAGUAAAGGACUCUCACGUCAAGAAGAAGUCUUAUUUUCCAGGCUGGAAGCCCAUAUUUCAGAAUUUUUAAUCUGUAAAUCCAGUACCAUAUGAAUUCUGCUCUUUUGAAAAUGUGGGUUUUUUUUCCCAUAUUCUUCUAAUGUGGUCUGUGCUUUCAUAUUCUGCUAUCAGAUACUCUUAGGUUAGCAAGUCUGAGAAUAUAAGCAUUUCAUUUGCACUUCACAUUGAACCUUUAUUCAAAUUAUUUAGAGGGAAAUAAUCAUUAAAGUGGCAGUUUCUUGGGAUGCUUUAAAAAAAAAAAAAAAAAAAAAAAACCUGAUGAAAAGUUGAUGUUACCAAAUUGUGCCUUCCUAAAUAUGGUAGUAGGUUGUUUCUCUUCCCAAGGAUCAAAGUCAGGGCACUCAGUUACAUUCCCAGCCAUAUACAUCCCACUUUAGAGAGCAUUUCAAUGGCAUUUUAUAUAGUCAGAACUAGUUCUUUUGCAAAAUAUAUUUUCAGUAUUAUUUUAUUUCUGUGUUGCUGGGGAUUGAACCCAGACCCCUGAGCAUGCUAACCAUGUGUAAUAUUGCCAAGCUACAGCAAAGCUACAACCCUUUUCAAAAUUUGGUUUUGUUUUGCCUUCAGAUAACCAUGUUGAGAUUCUUACAUGAAGUCUUAAGGAAUUAACAGUAAUUUACUCAGCAAGAAGUCAACAUAUUGAAAGAAUAAUGUUUGUAAUGUGAGAUUAUUCAUACCCAUGCAUUGACAUCCUAUAUCAACUCCAUGGUGAGACUGAACUGUGUGAUUUACCAAACAUCCCACAUUUUAAAUCCUUAAAUUUGAUAUUUAUGGAUUAAAUGGUAUAAUCAGGUCAUAUACGGAUAGUUGAGGAUAUUCAGAUAAUGAAGUGUAAAGCUUUGACUCCAGCAUACAGAUGUGACUGGAGUGCAAAGGUGGGGAGCACUCCACAAAUUCUAGGAAGAUUAUACCAAACUUAUUUGUACUUACAAUAGGACAAGGUGAUAAUCAGAAGUGUUUAAAGCUAUCUUUGUGAUUGAAUUUUUCUAUUGCUUCUGGCAUCUUUAGUAAUUUUAAUAAUUCUGAGAAGUCUAGCAACUUUGUGGCAAACCACAUAUAUGUCACAAGUUUUUAGUAAAGGAAGUGAAUAUUUUAGAGUAUGUUAUUCUAUUAAAAUCAACUCUUAAAGUUGUUCUAAUAACACUAACAGUUCUUAAUUUAUUAGCAAGAAUAUCAUUUCUGGCUAUAGUAUCUUUUCUUUAAAAUUCUAGAAUCUAAAAUCUCUAGAAUGUAAGGGAAAAUAAAAGUUUGAAGUAUUCAUCAUAAAACUCAAUAGGGAAGUCUUUUGAAAUAUGGCCAACACCAAUUUUCUAAACACUAUUAAAAAAUGUGUUUGAAAAUCUUUUGGUCAGCAUACUUGCAAGAAUUAUUAUCUUGAUUUCAUUUGUAGAGAAGAAACAGUUUUAAGAGUUUUCACUGAUGAAGUAAGUUCUAUGGUCCUAUUUUUCUAAGAAAUAUGCCAUUUCUAAUAAGUGGUGAUGAGUUAUUAUCUGGGUGAGUUUUUAGCACUACAGUAUAACAAUACUGCAUUCUGAUUACAAUACCAAAGCACUGAGGUAAAGCUUAUAUAAGGUUAAUCAUUUAAAUGUAUACAACCUAGUUGUAUUUAAUACAUUCAGUGUUGUAUAACUGAUUUUAAGGCAUUCUCAUCACUUCAAAAGGAAAGCCUAAAUUACAUCCUCAUUCUCUACCAUUAUAGAUAUAUCAUCUGCCAGUUUUGAUAUAUGUCUGUAUUGACUUGAUAUGUUUUUCAGGUUUAUCUGUGUUACAGUAUGUACAAAUACUUCACCUUUUUUACAGCUGAAUAUUUUCUAUUGCAUGGAUAAUACAUCUUGCUUAUCUGAA